AGCAUCUCCAGAAAAUUUCUAAGCUUCACACACUACGAUCUCGGAAAGCUUACCCCCACAACAUAUAUAAAUACCGUAGCUUUCCCACAAUCUCCAACGUCCAAACAAUCAAAAAACAGAGAAAGAGAGAGAAUUCAAGAAGAUGGGGAACGCCAUCAUGUACAGAAGAAAGAAGGCGAAGGUGAUGAAGAUCGACGGCGAGACCUUCCGGCUAAAAACUCCUGCGACGGCGAGCGAAGCCACUAAGGAAUAUCCCGGAUUCGUCCUCCUAGAUUCCGACGCCGUCAAAAGCUUCGGCGUUCGUGCCAAGCCGCUCGAUCCGAAUCAGAUCCUGAAGCCGAAGAAGACGUAUUUCCUCGUCGAGCUCCCGAAGCGUCCGCCGGAGACGACGGCAGUGGCGGCGGAGGAGGGAAGCGGGCUUCCGUACCGGCGAGUCAUGUCCGGCAUCCACAUCAGCGCGAAGGAGCGGUUAGAGAUGCUUAUGCUCUCCCGGAGAACCGUCUCCGACGUGACGAUCGACAGACGCGGUGGCGGAGAUGGGGCUGGGCCGGUGAGGGUGAGGCUGAGGUUGCCGAGGUCUCAGGUGACGAAGCUCGUGGAAGAGAGCCACGACGCUUCCGAGAUCGCCGAGAGGAUAAUUGGCCUCUACGCGAAGAAUCCCGGCGAUAUCAACGGCGGAGACGGAGGAGAUUUUCGCCGGAAACUUGGAAUUGGUGGGGUGAGUGGGAAUUCAAAUUUCAAAUCGCAAGAGAGACAUGUGACAUUCGCGGUGGAAGAAAGAAGGGAGAUUGCAAAGAACACCAAAAAUAUUCAUUAUUAGAUCAGAAAAUUUCAUUUCCCUUUUCCCCUCUAUGUAUAUUUCAUUUUGUUAGGACACACAUUAUCUUUUACAUAUUAAACAUUCCAUGUGUAUAUCAUUUUGAAAUUAGUUUUUUUUA